UAUUCCGAAAUAUAAUGCUACAUAGUUAUAAACAAUUUGCUGUUGCUUCGUUUAUUUAAAAUGUUUGAGCUGCGCUCAGUUUGCCGAACUUGUGGCAAAAAAGUGAGAAAUUCGCAGGCCACCAAACUGAAUGAAAAAUCCAAUUAUCAUUUAAUUAGUUUGGUAGAAAAUAUCACCGACAUGUUUCUGGAGCUCGAUAGUGGUAUGCCGGAUCUCAUUUGUAAUUUGUGCAAGCUCCAGCUGGACAGUAUUUUAAAAUUUCGCAACAUGUGCUUAGAGGCCCAUCAAUCCUUUUUGUCCAUCAAAAAGAAGGUUUUGCAAAGAAAAGCACUAACUGUUGAGAAACUGCAGGAGGAACAACUGCUCCAGAAGAUUAAAGAAGAUGAUGGUCUCUUAGAGGAUGAGCAAAAUUAUGUAGAAGAUGGAAUUAAGGAGGGGGAUUUACUGAAGGAUCAAGAGGAAGAGGAAUAUCAGGAAGAAGAUGCCCAAGACAAGGCGGACCAAAGGGAGGAGUGUCAGGAGGAACAUUUCCAAGAGCAGAACUCAGAGGAGUUUUACCAGAGGCCUAGGACGACCCGUGCCCGCAGGUCGAAGCAGGUGAUGCACAGUGCUAAGACGUGGAUCUGUGACCAGUGCGGUGGAGUGUUCAAGUGCUCCACCUACUUGAAGCUGCACAUGCAGCGUCACACCGGGCACAAACCCUUUGAGUGCGAUAUCUGUCAGGCCAAGUACUACACGGAGAACGAGAUGCGCCGCCACAGAAUCCUGCACUCCGAUGCCAGGCCUUACGCUUGUCGCUUUUGCGGCAGGACUUUCCGGGGAUGCAGCAGCAAGGUCGUCCACGAGCGGACUCACACAAAUGAGCGGCCCUUCCAGUGCCGACAUUGCGAUAAAGCCUUUACUUCGACGUCCACGCGACAAAGGCACGAGAUGCUGCACGACAACCAGCGGAAAUACCACUGCGAGACCUGUGACCAGUGGUUCCUGCGCUCCAUUCACUUGACCUCACAUCAAAAAACCGCACUGCACUGGAGAAAACUUGAAAGUGCUUUGACUGCCUAAAAAGCGGUAAAGCACAAUAUAAACAUAAUUUGACCUGUUCACGAAUGGCUGAUCCUGGGGCUGCCAAAAACAUUUUUGCGCCCACGAGUGCAUCCGUUUUACGACAAAUUGAGACACUGACAA